UCAUAGUCUCUGCUCAUACCCGCUCAGGAUUAGAAUUUUUACUUUUUCUUUAUUUUUUUAAAGGAAUUAAAUUGUUCAUAUAACGAUAAAAUCGGUUCAGCGGCACAACUCUGAAUCCGGAAACCGGUUUCUGAGCUUUUUGACAGCCCAAUUUUUUUUUUUUUUUACUUCACGGCUGGCCAAGAUCAACGAUGAUUCACUUUGUACUUCUAAUUAGUCGACAAGGGAAAGUUAGGUUGACAAAAUGGUAUUCUCCUUAUUCUCAGAAGGAAAGAACGAAGGUUAUCCGUGAGCUCAGUGGAGUGAUUCUCACAAGAGGGCCCAAACUCUGUAAUUUUGUUGAAUGGAGAGGAUUUAAAGUCGUUUAUAAAAGAUAUGCUAGUCUUUACUUCUGCAUGUGCAUUGACCAGGAUGACAAUGAAUUAGAGAUUCUAGAAAUUAUUCAUCACUAUGUUGAGAUUCUUGACCGAUACUUUGGCAGUGUCUGCGAAUUGGACUUGAUCUUCAACUUUCAUAAGGCUUACUAUAUAUUGGAUGAACUCUUGAUUGCUGGUGAACUUCAAGAGUCAAGCAAGAAAACUGUUGCACGUUUAAUAGCUGCACAGGAUUCACUGGUGGAGACUGCGAAAGAACAGGCCAGUUCGAUUAGCAAUAUAAUUGCACAGGCCACGAAGUAGGUUAUUAUGAGUCACCGCUGUUUGUCUUGGUUGAUUUGGAGUAUCAUCUAUACUAAAUUC